CGAAGCUGGAGCUGGUCGAGGUUCAUUUGCUGCUCAUUUGCUCACUUGCUAGCAUCGCUGAUUCAGGUUAAUUCAGCGCUAAAAUUUUAGUGCAAGUAUUAUUCCCGAUAUCGUUUACCCAACAUUUUAACAAUGAAUACUAAGGAAAAAGAGAAGUAUAUUGAGGAAUUUGAGUUUCCACAUUGCGACGAGUCGUCCAAGUAUGAAAAGGUCGCGAAAAUCGGUCAGGGCACUUUUGGCGAGGUGUUCAAGGCCAGGGAUAAGAAAACAAAUAAGAAAUUUGUUGCCAUGAAGAAAGUAUUGAUGGACAAUGAAAAAGAAGGAUUCCCAAUCACAGCAUUACGAGAGAUAAAGAUCUUGCAAUUGUUGAAGCAUGAAAAUGUGGUCAGUCUUAUAGAAAUCUGUAGAACACGAGCGACUCAAUACAAUCGCUACCGUUCUACCUUCUACCUGGUAUUUGACUUUUGUGAACAUGACCUGGCAGGCUUACUGUCAAACGUAAAUGUGAAAUUUAGUUUAGGAGAGAUAAAGAAGGUCAUGCAACAGUUACUGAAUGGCCUUUAUUAUAUACAUAGCAACAAGAUAUUGCACAGAGACAUGAAGGCUGCUAACGUCUUAAUAACGAAGAAUGGAGUAUUGAAAUUAGCAGACUUUGGUUUAGCACGAGCAUUUAGCGCGAAAAACGGUCAUUCGAAUCGUUACACAAAUAGGGUCGUCACUCUGUGGUAUCGGCCACCCGAACUCCUACUCGGUGACAGAAAUUACGGACCUCCUGUGGAUUUGUGGGGCGCUGGCUGUAUAAUGGCGGAAAUGUGGACGAGGUCGCCUAUAAUGCAAGGCAACACCGAACAACAACAACUCAUACUAAUUUCGCAAUUGUGCGGCUCAAUAACGACCGAAGUGUGGCCGGGAGUUGAAAAUUUGGAUUUGUUUAAUAAAAUGGAUCUUCCUAAAGGACAAAAGAGAAAGGUGAAGGAUAGAUUGAAGCCAUACUUGAAGGAUCCUUACGCCUGCGAUUUGUUGGACAGACUUUUAAUUCUGGAUCCUAGUAAAAGAUGCGAUUCCGAUUCAGCACUGAACCAUGACUUUUUCUGGACUGAUCCGAUGCCGUGCGAUCUCAGCAAGAUGCUGGCGCAGCACACCCAGAGCAUGUUUGAAUACCUGGCACCACCGAGACGACCCGGUCACAUGCGUCAUCCGCACCAUCAAGUACCUGGUGGACCAUCCAAGUCCAGUUCCAGCAUGGCUGAUAGCGGGUAUCAGGAUCGCGUCUUUUAGCACAUUUUAUUCCAAUAUGCCUAAUGUAUACACGUAUGUAUGUAUAUGUUUGUAUAUAACAUUGUAUAGACUACUCUAUACGACGGUAUUAUAUUGCUUUCUAUGAAAGGACUUAUAUAUCUAUUACUCGGAGAAUGUAUUGGUCGCAUUGUUGAUCGAACGGUAUCCACGACGUUAGUACAAAUAAAAAGAAAAGAGAAUAGAACGCGGAGGAGUGCAAUGUAACGUAGCUUUUGCACAACUGACUGAGAAUAACAUCUAUGGUCGCGAAAAAAAGAACAAACUUUAAAACCAAAACGAUCGAUAACGUAUAUUUCUUUUUAGUUUUAAUACAAUGUGACGUUUAUGUACGCGGCAAUACAUAAAAUACAUAAAAACUGAAUGUGAAGAUAUUUCACGGACUUCAAACAUAUUAUUUUACAAACUCGAGGAAUUCUCAAAUUCCAAGAUGUAACUUUAUAAAUUAUCCUUCCCAUCCUUCACAGUAUGGCGCUGCACAGUACAUUUAUAAAUAUUCGAAGUCCACUAUGCAGUUUCAGUGUUUAUGAUAUUUUCGUUGGAUCGCAUUUGUGAUAUGGCUUCGCAUAGAAUAAUCUAGUUUUAUGUGUCAGUCAUUUUGAGUACAUAUUUCUUUUGUAAACGUAAAGGAGUAAGGCUAGACGAUUCCAAUUUUCAUUUGGUGUAUGAUGUAAAAAGAAAUGCGUAUAUAAAAUUUACAUAAAAAA